AAUUUCCAGCAAUGGCAUGAAGUCAUUUCAUUCUUUCUACCAUCUGAAUUAUUUGCUAUUUUGCAAAUGAUUCAUUUUUUUACGUUGGAAAUUUGUCAACUCCCACAGAUGAAGAUGAUUUUCAUGUAUCAUAUUCUAUUUGAGAGCAUAGAGCUGUUUUUACACAUUAUUGCAACAGAAAGAAAUUCUGUGAUUGACCACAUGGUAAAGGAGGGCUGAAAAACAAAUCACAAUAUGUGCCUUAAAACCUCUCAAAGCACACAUAAUGUCAUCAAACCACAUUCAGUGACAUUUUCCUCUCUACACACGUUCAGUUCUGUAAUCUCAAAAAGUUUGCCUGUUCUUGAUGAGAAGUAUUAAAGGUGUGGGGAACUGUGGUUAGUCUCUUGAAUGAGGUGAAAACAGCAUGUAAUGUCAAACAGUUGUGCUCUGAUGUCACUGUGAUGACAGCAUGUUUGUUUAUUCUAGUAACAAACCAAAAGAAAAACUCUGCAUGUUUUAUUGAGCAUAUCGAGGGAUUCCCCCAUCAGUUAAGAGAAUAUAAAGCCCAUCACGCUCUUACUAGAACACAUACUCCGACCUGACGACACACACCAUGAAGAUCUGCGCUGUGUUUUGUGUAGUUGUGGCUCUUGCGAUGGGCUCUCCGGUGCCUCUGAACACACAGCAGUGUCCGUGCACCUCCGCCGCCAGAUCUCUGCUCAGCAGCCUCUCGCACAUCAUGGAGAAGGGGGGGAAGAUGAAGCAUCAGGAUUUGUUUGCUGGUUUUAACUGCACGGAUCUGGAGGCUCGGAUGAUUCCUCACACCCAAACGGCGUCCGUCUGUCAGCCCAUCGCCACUGAUAACACGUCCUGCUCCGAACGCAGAAGCUCCCCUUUCAGCGCGACUGAGUGUUUGAGGAACAUCAGAGGUGAUCUGCACUAUUAUGAUCUGCUGCUGAACUCCUACGAGCCCAGUGUGAGCGACCUGAGCCCGGUCAUGACGGCCACAAAAGACCUCAUGCAUUGCUUGAAAGCAAACGGCGGUGCGGCUGAAGGAGAGUUUCCUGAGUGGAACGUCUGGAGCCGCUCGUCCUUCGAUGACCGUCUGUCCCUGUGCAAGACGCUGAAGGGCUUCCACGUGCGGGCCAUCACCAUGAACAGAGCGCUCGCGUACAUCGCCUCCGGAGACCACAGGAAGUGAUGUCAUUUCACUACAUCUUACUCAGAUUUCUUCAGUAGGUUAAUCUUCACAUGAUCAAUCAAACCGCACCACCGCUUCAAAGCGGCUCUGACUCGAGCAGAAACCAGUGUGUGACACUCAUAUAUAAGCUAAAUGAUUUAAUCGAGCUGAAUGUUUGUUAUUUAAUAUUAUUUAUUUGUUUUGAGAAAUUAUUUAUUUACAUGCAUGUAGUACUUUAUUUAUUGACUAUUUAUUAAAUUAUUUGUGUAACAAAAAAUGUAUUUUGUGUGUUUGUGCGGAUGAUACCUAAGACCAAGUAAAGGAAGAUCACAUCAGAAAUGAAUGUUUUGAUUGAAGACUUCAUGUAAUAAAGAGCGUUUACUGAACUGCAAAAA